AGGGGGGCUUAGGGUUUAUCACAGAGAGAAAGAGAGAGAGGGAGAUGAAGGGGGUGGUGGGGAUGGUGGUGUCGAACAAGAUGCAGAAGUCGGUGGUGGUGGCGGUGGACCGCCUCUUCCACCACAAGAUCUACAACCGCUUCGUGAAGCGCACCUCCAAGUUCAUGGCCCACGACGAGCUCGACCAGUGCAACAUCGGCGACCGCGUCCGCCUCGACCCCUCCCGCCCCCUCAGCAAGCGCAAGCGCUGGGUCGUCGCCGAGAUCCUCAAGCGCGCCCGCAUCUACAGCCCCCUCCCCGCCCCGACCACCGCCGCCGCCGCCGCCGCGGCUAGCCGGGUAACUUUGCUCCCUUCCCAUCCCUUCGGUUGGGUAGUCCUUGUUGGGUGAAAUGCGGGAGGAUUCCUGUCUGGGUGAAAGCUUGAACAUAGAGAAGCUAAAAAGCUGUGAGGGUGAAUAUAGUGGCUUUCUAAGAUCAGCAUGGUUUGUACUGUUCUGCUUGGUGUCCGAUAAGAUGAGGAUCACUGCGUCUGCACCAUUGAGAAUUGUCUGGGGUAUCGAUAACCAACUUCAUGGAAAAACUCAUGUAUUCAGGUGAUCUUUUCCAGUGAAUCAAUGGUUCAUAAGUUAUCCCUUCUUUGUAAACAGUCCAACAUCGUUUCCCUCACGGAACAUCGGAUGCUGUUCUUUGGAUAAUGUUUUAGGAUUCAAAUUCUUGUUUUGAUCAUCUGUUAGAGAUGCUACUUGGUAGUUAUUUCAUAGAAGUUGCAAGGGUCACAAUUGCAGCACUUGUGGUCUUGACUAAUAAAUGAGACCAUAUAUUUGUCUGUGGCAUGGAUAUUCAGAAGCUGCACACCUUGCUGCCACUACAAGUCUAUAAUGUUCAUUCCUUAAAGUCACGCAGCUUAUUCGUUCUU